GCUUUGUUUUGCUCAGCCGCUGUUCGGUUGGAACCGGGCUGCAGCUCCAAACUUCCCGCAGAACUGAGCUAACAGAGCCGAAGAGGACUGGUUGAAAUGCCUCAGACCAACAAGUCGGUGAGCGGCGGUGGAGCACCGGGUCAGCUGUCUGCCGCCGACCAGGACGAGCCGCCACCGCCUCCGCCACCGCAGGACGCCAGGCCUCAGGUGGCUGCAGGAGACGCAGGAGCUGCUGCAGGCGCCCGGGGAGACUCAGAGAUCAUCAAAUCACCCAGCGACCCCAAGAAAUACAGGUACAUCGAGCUGAGUAAUGGCCUGAGAGCGCUUCUCAUCUCCGACUUCAGCGGCACUGAUGGAGCAGGCGGUGGCGACCCAGUGGACCGGAGGGACGAGGAGGAGGAGGAGGAGGAGGAGGAGGAGGACUCAGGGGAGGGGUCAGAGGAGGACGAGGAGGACAAGGAGGAGGAGGAGCAGGACAGCGACUUUGGAGAUCUGGACGAAGAGAACACAGCCAAGAAGAAGAAGAGCUCCGAGAAACAGGCAGCAGCAGCUUUGUGUAUCAGCGUUGGGAGCUUCAGCGACCCUGAUGACCUUCCUGGACUUGCACACUUCCUGGAGCACAUGGUGUUCAUGGGCAGCGAGAAAUACCCGGCAGAGAACGGCUUCGACGCCUUCCUGAAGAAACAUGGAGGAAGUGACAACGCCUCCACUGACUGCGAGAGAACCAUCUUCCAGUUCGACGUCCAGAGGAAAUAUUUCAGGGAGGCGCUGGACAGGUGGGCUCAGUUCUUCAUCUGUCCUCUGAUGAUCGAGGACGCCAUCGACAGAGAGGUGGAGGCUGUGGACAGCGAGUACCAGCUGGCGAGACCGUCGGACUCCCACCGGAAAGAGAUGCUGUUUGGGAGUUUGGCUAAACCGGGACACCCGAUGAGCAAGUUCUGCUGGGGUAACGCUCAGACAUUAAAGCACGAGCCCAGAGAGAAGCAGAUCAACACCUACCAGCGGCUGAGAGACUUCUGGAGGAGAUAUUACUCUGCUCACUACAUGACGCUGGCUGUGCAGUCCAAAGAGACUCUGGACACUCUGGAGCAGUGGGUCCGAGAGAUUUUCAUCAAGGUUCCCAACAACGGUGAACCUCGAGCCGACUUCUCUCACCUGCAGCAGCCGUUCGACACGCCGGCAUUCAACAAGCUCUACAGAGUUGUUCCUGUGAGGAAGGUCCACGCUCUGACCAUCAGCUGGGCCGUCCCCCCGCAGGGCCGACACUACAGAGUGAAGCCGCUUCACUACAUCUCCUGGCUGAUCGGACACGAAGGCAGCGGCAGCAUCCUGUCGCUGCUCCGCAAGAAGUGUUGGGCUCUGGCUCUGUUCGGAGGAAACAGUGAAACGGGCUUUGACCAGAACACCACCUACUCCAUCUUCUCCAUCUCCAUCACCCUCACUGACCAGGGAUACCAGAACUUCUACCAGGUGGUCCACUUUGUGUUCCAGUACCUGAAGAUGCUGCAGACUCUGGGUCCUCAGCAGAGGAUCUAUGAGGAAAUUCAGAAGAUCGAAGCCAAUGAAUUCCACUAUCAGGAGCAGACGGAUCCCAUUGAAUUCGUGGAGAACAUCUGUGAGAACAUGCAGCUGUUUCCUGAACCGGACUUCCUGACCGGAGACCAGCUCAUGUUCGAGUACGACCCCCAGGUGAUUGGUGCCGCUCUGGACCUGCUGACCCCCCAACGAGCCAACCUGCUGCUGCUGUCUCCAGAGAACGAAGGCCGCUGCCCCCUCAGAGAGAAGUGGUUCGGUACCAGCUACAGCAGCGAAGAUAUCCCUGAGGACUGGGCUCAGCGCUGGACAGGAGACGUGGAGCUCAACCCUGAACUCCACCUUCCUGCUGAGAACAAGUUCAUCGCGACGGACUUCACCCUGAAGCCGUCCGACUGUCCGGACACGGAGUUUCCCGUCAGGAUUGUGAACAGCGACAGAGGCUGUCUGUGGUACAAGAAGGACAACAAGUUCAAGAUCCCCAAAGCCUACAUUCGCUUCAACCUGAUCUCCCCGAUGAUCCAGAAGAGUCCUGAGAAUCUGGUUCUGUUCGACCUCUUCGUCAACAUUCUGGCCCACAAUCUGGCAGAACCGGCGUACGAAGCUGACGUGGCCCAGCUGGAGUACAAGCUGGUGGCUGGAGAGCACGGACUGGUGAUCCGGCUGAAGGGCUUCAACCACAAGCUGCCGCUGCUGCUGAAGCUGAUCGUGGAUCAGUUGGCAGACUUCAGCUCUGAACUUGGAGUCUUCAACAUGUUCUCAGAGCAGCUGAAGAAAACCUACUUCAACAUCCUCAUCAAACCCGACAGACUUGGCAAAGACGUCCGGCUGCUGAUCCUGGAACACUGCCGCUGGUCCGUCAUCCAGAAGUACCGUGCCGUGACCCGCGGACUCUCUGUUGAUGAGCUCCUGACCUUCGUGUCAGCGCUGAAGGCGGAGCUGUACGUGGAGGGUCUGGUGCAGGGAAACUUCAGCAGCACGGAGUCCAAAGAAUUUCUGCACUACUUCACUGAGAAGCUGCAGUUCCAGCCGCUGUCUGCAGAGGUCCCCGUUCUGUUCCGGGUGGUCGAGCUGCCUCAGAAACAUCAUCUCUGUAAAGUCAAAUCUCUCAACAAAGGAGACGCAAACUCAGAGGUCACCGUCUACUACCAGUCGGGGCUGAAGCAGCUCAGAGACCACGCUCUGAUGGAGCUGCUGGUGAUGCACAUGGAGGAGCCCUGCUUCGACUUCCUCCGGACCAAAGAGACUCUGGGGUACCAGGUGUAUCCCACCUGCAGAAACACUUCAGGUGUUCUGGGCUUCUCCGUCACCGUGGAGACUCAGGCCACCAAGUUCAGCUCCGAGUUUGUGGAGGCGAAGAUCGAGGACUUCCUGCGGAGCUUCGGCGAGCGUCUGGCGGCGCUGAGCGAAGACGCCUUCAGCACGCAGGUGACGGCGCUCAUCAAGCUGAAGGAGUGUGAAGACGCUCACCUGGGCGAGGAGGUGGACCGCAACUGGUUCGAGGUGGUGACGCAGCAGUACGUGUUCGAUCGGCUGCACAAGGAGAUCGAGGCGCUGAAGGCAUUCCGUCAGGAGAACCUGGUGUCGUGGUUCUUGGAGCACAGAACCAGCAGCAGGAAGCUCAGCGUUCACGUGGUGGGUUUUGGCGUGGAGGAGAACGACCCAGUGGAUCCGGGUGGCGCCGACAGCCCGUCCUGCUCAGCGUACGGCGAGGUGAGCGAGCUGAGCUUCCUGCCGACGGCGCUGAAGGACGUGAUACUGAUCAGCGACAUCAGAGGCUUCACCUCGACGCUGCCGCUGCACCCCUACCACAAGAUCCUCAGCUAGGCCCCGCCCACCGCAGCGCCGCCUCCUGAUUCACUGCCUGUCUGUUACCAUGGUAACAGCUAGCACCGAGGAACCCUCUGUUCUCUUCUCUGUCACUGGUUGAUUAACGCUGCGUUCGCUCCUGUGGGAAACUGUAAAUAUGACGGUGAGCUUCUGAAAACUACAAUCAUGGCGGCCGGUGAUUUUAAGAUGUCUGAAUUCUUCUAACUGUGAAUUAAUGAGAAUUCCCAGGAGCAGUGAAGGCAGCGUGAUGACUCAGGGCUCUGCUUUAACGUGUUCAUACUGUAACGUGCUGACGGUCAGGCGUGACCGCAUCAACACGUAGAACGUCUGAAUGGUCUGAGGUCAAUGUUUCUGUCACUAAAUAAUAAACAGAUUUAAAGGGA